AUGCCUUCCGCAACAGCAUACAUUCAACAACAGAAGCAAAAAAUACAACAAGGACAGAUGCAGCAUAGAAUACAGGCUAAUCAUUCGCGGCAAAACAAUAUUGAUAACAAGAUCAUUGAUACGAUUCACUCCAGUGACGAUAUUGACUUGGAUGAACUUAACCUAGAUGAAGAAGAUGUAAAUGUAUCAUAUGAAAAAUACUUGACCGCAGAACAUUCUGAUGAAUUUGAACAACAACAGGCGCUUAAUGAUGCAAAUUACAAUGAAGAUGAGGAUGAAGAUUAUACAGAUAGUGAUACAUACAAAGAACUGGAUGAUGAUAUAGAAGCAGAUUUCGAUGAUGUUGAAGAACCGGAAUUAUACACAGAUGAUUUUCAUCAAAAGAGUGUUUUCAACGAGGAUACUCAAUACUAUGAUCCAAAACAGCCGCUGCCACCACGCUCGCCGAUUUUUGACCAGAUUCAACAAGAACAAAAUCAAUUUCCUCGAAAGAAACCAGUCCAACCCAAGAACAAACCGAAAAAGCCUUCCAAUAACAAUUCUUGGAAUAUUUUAACUAUUGCUGGUACUGUUGGUCUUGUAUCAUUCUUGGUCACGGUGAUAGCUUAUUAUGUGCUCAAUAAUAAUCAGAUACCCGUGCCUGAGUUUAGUAUGCGAAAAAUCAAUGCCAAAUUUCAAUAUUUUGAUGAAAAACUCAAUCAAUUAGAAUCAGAAACGAGGCAAUCUAAUCGACUUCUUGAUAAUGGUAUAAAUAAACUACUGAAACAAAUUCACCUGCUUGAACAAAAUAUUCAAAAAUCUCCAGUAUCAUAUAAAAACAAUCAAAUUCAAAUAACUCCAGAAUUACAUCAAUUUUUGUUCAAGUUUAUCGAAAACUAUCUGCAGAAACAAACUUCAGAAGAAUUGACUCGGUAUAUCGAUGAAAAGUUAAAAUCUUUCAGUAUCACGGAAAUCGAGCUGAUGAUUCAAGAUAUGAAGAAUUUCCAAUCGGGACAGUAUGAAGCAAUUUUAUCGCAAAUAAUGUCCAAACUUCCAAAAACUCAAGAUACACCCUCAGAAGAACUUAAAGCAUACAUUGACUCCCAAGUGACUCAAGCUUUAGAUCAUUUGAAUGAAGAAAUUCAUCUGCGGUUAUCAUAUAUCCUCGACAAUUUAACCAUCGUAAACAAUACUAUCAUCCCUGAUACACAAAUACACCCAUCUAAUGAAAUCUGGCUUAAUUCCAUGCUCGAUUUAUUUUCAAGAGGUUCAAUUAAAGUAAAUUAUGCUGAUUAUUCGCUCGGCGCAAGAAUAUUAGGAUUUUUGACAUCAUAUCCCAAGAACAAAACCCAUUCUAUUUGGUAUAAAAUGGCAUAUGGAUGGUGGAUAUAUUCUGAAAACAAGCAUGAUCAACACAAUGCAAAUCAUGUACUUAUGGAUGAUGAUGCUACUUGGAUAUGUGAUAACAGCGAAUGUCAAUUGGGACUUCGGUUAUACCUGGCCAUAAUCCCUACUGAUCUACUUAUCGAGCUCGAAGGAGCUGAUACGCACACUGUUGAGCUUGGAUUUAAGCCAAAUAGUCGAACUGGAUAUGAUAAGUUAUCCCAAUUUGAUGGUAUGUCCCUGAAAACCAAUCCAUAUCUUAAGAAAUUCAAACUAAUUAAAAGUAUUAAAUUAAGUUCGGGGUUAGUUCAUGUUAGAUUCCCGAUUCGAUUUGUCAAUUUACAAGUUUCUGGAAGAGAUGUAUACCUCAAGUUCACACCCAAUUCAAAAAAUCCAAUUCAUGUGAAGAGAGUCAAGGUGUAUGGAAUCAAUGAAGUUGAUGCUGUCAAGUAUGCCGAUCAGUUUAAGUUAAUGAUAGGUCAGUUUACCCAAGCGCAAGAUGUGGAAUCUGCUGUUGAAGAUACUAGGAAGAAAAAUGACAGGAUUGGCCAUUAUGAUUUGGAUAAAGAUAUUUAUUUGUAA